AUGGACGACAAAAAGAUUGUCGAAGGUGAGUCCAAGCACUCAUCUCAGCAAUACCACGAGAAUGACGUUGGUAGUGCUGCCAACGAGCUGGCUGUCCCUGACAAGCUGCAGUCGACAAGAUAUUUGGUGAUUCGUAAAACUGAAAUCUUGGCAGAGCAGUACAAUGCGUGGUAUUACCGAAUCAUUCUGCUUUUCUGUGCUUUCGUGUGUGGUUACGGAUACGGACUCGACGGCCAGCUGCGAUACGUGUACACGACUUACGCCGCCAGCUCUUACGGCGAACACUCGCUUAUCUCCACUAUCGGUGUCAUCAACGCCAUCAUCGGAGCUGCUGGCCAACUGCUGUAUGCUCGUCUAUCUGACACUUUCGGAAGACUUACACUGUUUUUAACAGCGGUCGUUUUCUACGUCGUGGGAACAAUUAUCGAGUCGCAGGCGUACGAUAUCCAACGGUACGCUGCCGGUGCUGUGUUCUACAAUCUGGGCUAUGUUGGGAUCAUAUUGGUCCUCCUGCUGAUCUUGUCCGAUUUUUCUUCUCUGAAAUGGAGACUGCUUUUCCAAGUCGUACCAACCUGGCCCUUUAUCAUCAACACCUGGAUCUCCGGUAACAUCACUGAGGCCGCCAACCCCACGAAAAAUUGGUCAUGGGAUAUCGGCAUGUGGGCAUUUAUUUUCCCAUUAUCUUGCGUGCCUCUUGUUUUGUGUAUGCUGCACAUGAGAUAUAAGGCCAGAAAGACGCCCGAGUGGAUCGCUUUGAAGGACAAACAAACGUUUUUCCAGAGCCACGGGUUUUCCAACCUGAUGAUCGAGCUUUUUUGGAAGCUCGACGUGGUUGGUAUUCUUCUGCUUGUGGUAAUGCUCGGUUGCAUUUUGGCACCUUUGACUUUAGCAGGAGGUGUGAAGAGCCAAUGGAACAAUUCCCAUAUCAUUGGUCCAUUUGUAUUAGGCUGGGUUUUGAUCCCAAUCCUCCUUUACUGGGAAAAAGUUUGGGCAAGAGAUCCUUUGGUGCCAUACGAUUUAGUCAAGGACCGCGGCGUGUGGUCUGCAAUGUCCGUUUCGUUCUUGAACUAUUUUAUCUUUUCUUUGGCCGCGGGGUACCUGUACACCAUACUGAUUGUGGCGGUUGAUGAAUCCACAAAAUCGGCUACAAGAAUCUCGUCACUGUCUUCCUUUGUGUCGGUUGUGUGGUCGCCAAUUUUUGCACUUUUCAUCACUAGACGUAAAAAGCUCAAGCCUUACAUUGUAAUGGGAUGUGCUUUGUGGAUGUUGGGUAUGGGUCUGCUCUACCAUUACAGAGGUGGUUCGUUUGCACAUGGAGGUAUCAUCGGUGCCUUGGUUGUGUGGGGUAUCGGUUCAACCAUGUGGACAUAUCCAGUCAAUGUGUCGGUACAAUCUGCAACAUCGCACGAGAACAUGGCCACAGUCACCGGGCUCAACUACACGACUUACAGAAUUGGUGGCGCAGUGGGCUCCGCAGUGUCCGGUGCUAUUUGGACCCAACUUCUGUACAAAAAACUAUUGUCUCUGCUUGGCGAUGCCAAAGUGGCCACGGAGGCGUACGCUUCUCCUUACACCUUUAUCUUGAAGUACACAUGGGGUACUCCACAGAGAGAGGCUGCGGUCCAGGCCUAUAGACACGUUCAGAAAUACGAGACUAUUGUUGCUUUAGUUUUCACAGCUCCUUUGCUAGCGUUCGCUCUCUGCUUGAGAGACCCCGAUUUGACGGACAAGGUUGCUCAUGAGGAUUUGGAAGGCAACGCUCAGGUUGCUCAAAACGAUUCUGACUUGAUAAUUGACUGGUUCAAAUCCAAAAUGGGACGCGCCCACAAAGAGUAA